UCAUUUCGAAUUUCGUCACACUAUAAAUAUAUUAUUUGAAUUGUGUCCGUUUCGAUUGUCUACUAUUGCCAUGGAUACGAAUGUUUGAACUUUCACACUAAAAGAGAAGAGCAAAAAAAAUACAGUAUUCAAUACACAAGUUAACUUUCAUUUUCAGGGAACUUUUUUACCAUUUGAAUUGCCAAUUACCGAAAAAAACAUGUCCGAAUUAAGUGAUAUUGUGAUAAAACGAACACAAGAUUCGUUGGGAAAAAUAAUUAAAAAACCCGUUCUCACGGAAAAACUAUUGCGAAAGCCUCCAUUUAAAUUUUUACAUGAUAUUAUUCAUGCGGUGAUUAAAACCACUGGUUUCCUCGGUGGAUUAUAUUCGGACGAUGAGCUACAAUCCGAUAAUAUGAAGGAUCGUGAUUCGAAAAUUGCGUUUUUGCAAAAAACCAUUGAUGUGUUGAAGUUGGCCACAAAACAAGAAGUGAAAGCAAGACCAUCAAAAAUUGUUGCUGGUUUGGAAGCCGAUAAAACGAAUGAAUUAUUAGUGGCAAUUGCGAAGGCUAUCGAUCGAAAAAUUGACACCACCGAUGCAGUUGCUAAGAUAAAAAAUGGAAAUGUCACAACAGCGGCGGCGACAACGGCAGUUACACAUAAAAAAGAUUCAACGAAAACUGGAAAAAAUGAGUCUCGAAAAGCAAAAAAAGAUACAAAAGAAACAAAAGAUCCAAGUACAUCGAAAAAAGUUAAAAGUACGACUGGAACAGAUGGAAAAUUGUCAAACAAAAUGGAUAGCAACACGAAAUUGAGUAAACAAAGUAGUAAAGAUUCAACCGAAUCGAAAAUGGCUAAAACCAGAUCAUCAUCUCAGCAUCCAGAUAAAGAAAAGGAAAAGGAUCGAAAGAAAGAACGUGAAAGAACGGCAACUCUGAAGAUGGAAUCGGUCACAAAGAUUGCCAAAUCUGAGUCUGUAACAGAACCAACAAAUGAAGCACAUCAAACAAACGGAAAUGCGAAUGAUUUAAAUGAAAAUCAUAAAUUGAAGCCAAAUGAACCAAAGAUUGAAUCAAUCGAUACUACUAUUGUAAAAGAAACCGAUUUGCCAAACGUUGAACAUGAAGCGCAAGUAAAACCAGAAAAGCGAGAAAAAACGCCAAAAACCACGCCAGAAAAAAAGGCAGACGAAAAUGUUGAAGAGAAACUUUUUGAUAAACCAACCGCUUUAGAAGCGACCAAAUCUGGAGAGAGUGAAUCCAUGGAACCAACAGUAGCAAAGUCAUCGGCACUAUCGGAAAAGGUAGAAAAGUCAUCGAAUGACAAACCACGCUCUUCUAAAUUAAGAAAGAGUCAUUCGAAACACGACACUGAUUCGAAAAGUUUUGAAAAUUCAAAGUUACCGGAAGAAAAAUCUGAAAAAUUCACCACUUCAAAAUCGGUAGAUAAAUUGAUUGAACGACCACUGGUGCCGGCUACUACGAAAACCAAUGAAACCAAUAAACAGUCGAAACAACCGCGUACAGCACUUCGAUCGGCUGCAGUUCGACCCAUUUCGGCACGACCAAGUGCACCACGCCGACGUGAUCGUAAUGUUCGACAAAUUAUUCACACGGAAAGUUUUAUACAAGAUACGGCUGAGCAAAAAGCCGAAAAGAAAAAUGCAAUUCCGGAUUUUGACGAUGCUGACAAUAUUGUGAUAACGGAAACUAUUCCGGACAGUAUUUCAACAAUGGAUGAACCGGUCACUAAUGUGAACGGUGAUAUUGAUGGAACGAAACAAGGACAUUUGGUGCAACAAAUUUUGGAAACUCAAACGGCCAUUCUAAAAUCGGAUGCAAAAAAUGACAUAUCAGCGAUCACCGAUGAUAGAAAAUCGAUUACACGAAAUAUGACCGAAUUGAGAAAAAUGAUUCAAAAAUUAUCACUUUGCAUCACACCGUUAGGCAAAAUGAUGGAAUAUUUUCAAGAAGAUGUUGAUGCAAUGCAAAUUGAAUUAUUGAUGUGGCAAAAAGCGGGCGCAGCCGCUGAAGCCGAUAUCAAGGAAGAGCAGAGAACAACGGAGAAAUUGCUGGAAAAUUUCAAAUAUCAGUUGGCUGAAAUAAACAAUAGCAUCAAGGAUCAUACCGAACAAAUUAAUAACACAACAGUGAAUAUCAUUCAAAAUGAAGAAAAAAUAUCCAAAUUGGUUUCAACGUUGACUUGAACGAAACAUUCAAAUGAAAUGG